AUGGGCUGUGUCAGUUCCAAGCAAUUCCACGGUGGGGACGACCAUGGGGACGGCAAGCCGCGCCGGCGGCCCUCGAGCAACUCGCUGAAGCGCCUGGUUAGUUACAGUUCCAGCAAGAGGCAUGAGGACUUGGAAGAGGAGGAUGAGGAAGGGGUGCCUGUGCCAGCCACGUCCUCAAGCGCCACACGCCGCGCCGGGAACGAUGCCAGCAUGGCGAGGCUGAUCCGGAAGCCUCCAGCACUGGUGGUUGAGGCUGUGCCGGCAUUGCCGGAGGAGGCAGCCACUUUGGCGGUUGGUGCAGUUGAUGCAGAAAGGGCGGUUGCUGCAACGACUGGGAAUCGGAAGCGUCCUCCAGUGGAUGUACAAGUCAAUGGUGCGGCGGAGCAAGAGCCGAGGAGCGGUGGUGGUGGUGGUAGGACGGAGGGGGAGGCCAAACCAAGGAUCAGGGAUGUGCCCAAUGGCGUCCAGGGGGAGCAUGUGGCGGCAGGGUGGCCAAGAUGGCUCACAGAGGUCGCGGCAGAGGCGGUUCGUGGGUGGCAACCUCGGAGGGCCGAGUCUUUCGAGAAGUUGGACAAGGUAGGACAAGGUACAUAUAGCAGCGUUUAUAAAGCACGUGAUCUUGAGAACGGAAAAAUUGUGGCUCUGAAGAAAGUUCGGUUUGCCAAUAUGGACCCUGAGAGUGUCCGAUUUAUGGCAAGGGAAAUUCACAUCUUAAGAAGGCUAGAUCAUCCAAAUGUUAUCAAACUUGAAGGUUUGGUGACGUCACGCAUGUCAAGCAGCUUGUAUCUUGUAUUCGAAUACAUGGAGCACGACCUUGCAGGACUUGCAGCUACACCUGGCUUAAAAUUCUCAGAACCUCAGGUCAAGUGUUACAUGCAACAGCUACUUUCUGGACUUGACCAUUGUCAUAACCGUGGUGUUUUGCAUCGGGAUAUAAAGGGUGCAAAUCUCCUACUUGACAAUAAUGGCAUUCUUAAAAUAGCAGAUUUUGGUCUAGCUACAUUCUUUAAUCCCAACCAAAAACAACAUUUGACAAGUCGUGUAGUAACAUUAUGGUACCGGCCUCCUGAGCUUUUGUUGGGUGCUACUAACUACGGUGCUGCUGUUGAUCUAUGGAGCGCCGGUUGCAUUCUUGCUGAGUUGCUAUCAGGGAAGCCUAUCAUGCCAGGACGAACUGAGGUGGAACAGUUGCACAAGAUUUUUAAGCUUUGUGGUUCACCAUCAGAGGAGUUUUGGGCUAAUUUGAAGUUAUCCCGAGCUACCAUAUUCAAGCCUCAGCAUCCGUAUCGCCGAUGUGUGAAUGAUGUAUAUAAGGACUUCCCUACUACUGCUUUAACACUUCUGGACCAUCUACUUGCCGUAGAACCUGGGAAUAGGGGUACCACUGCAUCUGCCCUUGACAGUGAAUUCUUUACAACAAAGCCUUAUGCCUGCGAUCCAUCAAGUCUACCCAAAUAUCCCCCAAGCAAGGAAUACGAUGCUAAGCUUCGAGAUGAAGAAGCUAGGAGGCAAAGAGCAGCUGCUAAAGGACAGGAAGCUGAAGCCGGACGGAGGAAGCAACUUCCUGCACCCGAUGGCAAUAAUGGAUUGCAGCACCGCCGAGUUCAGGUGAAUCCCAAAAGCAGCAGUUACAAGUUCACUCCAAAGGAGGAUGCUGUUUCUGGAUUUCCAAUCGAUCCGCCAGCAAGAGCUGCAGACAAUGGUUACCCUCAGCGUGUUCCUUUGAUGCAAGCUGGCCGUUCUUCCUCCACUCUGGGCAGAUCAAGUGGAAUGGAUCCAAAGGCCCAAAGAUUUCACACCUCCCAAAUUAUUACUGCUGAGAUGUCCAACCAAUCUGCUGCAUCUGGGCAGCGAGGCAAUGCUCCUAAGAUGUCUAACCUUGGGGAAAGUGCCAGGAGACAAUAUUUGAGAGAGCAUCGGUCCAGUUCAAGAUACAGUCAGCUCACUGGUGCUGACCCUUCUGAUAGACCUGAAUGGAAUCAUCAAUUCCAAGAAAGACCAUCAUCUUCCCAUCGGAAAGAUGAUGCUGUGGCAAACAAAGAGCCUACAGUGGUGAAUGGCACAAAGAAGAACAGAAUCCACUAUUCAGGACCAUUGAUGCCUCCUGGAGUGAACAUGGAUGAGAUUCUUAGAGAGCAUGAGCGACAGAUCCAACAAGCGGUGCGAAGAGCCCGCCUUGACAAGGGAAAGGGAAAGCACAACGGGUUUAACGGUAGCGAGGAGGACAGCUCCCAGACAUCAGCAUGUCAGAGGGACCGUAUGCUGCUGGAGAUCAACGAUGUUCUUUCGCCGAAGAUUGUUCUGAAACGAAAAACCCAUUGCUGUAUGGGCAGUACACAGCCAGCCGAAGAACUGAACUCCAUCCUGUGGUGCUGCUGGAGCGCAGUUUCUCCACAGUCCACACGAAGUGGGAAAAGGGGCACUGAUGUUGAAAUUACCCGGCAGUUGUUUGCCGGCCAUCGUCCCAAGUUCCCAACUGCCGGUCAGGCUCGCAAGACCCGUUUCUGGACGCACGGUGAAGGGCAGGCCGAGGCAUACCCUCAGCCUUUCCGACUGCACGCCACCAAAUGGACACAGAUUCAAAGGAAGCCUAGCCUGAAGGGUCCGGGAACUGUCCCUCGGUCCAAGUCCUUACUGCAGACCAAACUCGUUGGCUGUAUUGACAAUGUGCAAGCAAGUGUACUAUUGAUUCAUCCGUGCUAUGACAAAGAGGACAUAAACGUUGGUUUGGCCAUCCUCUUCUAG